AUGGAGGCGAAAGAAGUCAACAACAAGAAAGACGGAUGGUACGACAAGAGCCAGACAAGAUCUCUUGUGGGCUUCAAAUGUAUUGUCGUCCUCCUGUUUCUCUCUGCCAUUACGCCCGCAUAUGGCCAGUAUUUGUCGGACAAGGGGGUGUACCAGCAACAGCCUAUGCUUGUGCAACCGAUAAGAUGUGAUUGUCCGACAUUCGGCCUCGCAGACGCUUUUGCACACGCCAGGAACUUCCUUCUUCUUCUCAUUUCAUUUUUCUAUCAAUACCGCUCUGCUAAACAGAACCGUGAUGGCAACAACAACAACGCCCGCCAGGACCCAAUUGCGCCCCCGCAGAAUGCACUGAUUUAUCACCAGCUUCCUGCACUGAUGCCCAAGAAUACGAACCCCUUCGUGCCUUAG